ACGGGCGUCUUGUGGUCUGAGCAGUGGGUCUGACAUCUGGUCGGCCUCUUGUGGUGUUGAGGGAGGGUUGAAGCGUUCAGAGCUUCACUUCCUGUUUUCUCAUCAUAAAUAUUUAAGAAGUAAAGUGCUCCUACAGCUCUAAGUAUAACCUGAACAUCUGCAAUUUAAUUUCCGGUUGUUGAGCGUCUGAUGAAACUUGGUAUUUGCGUUUUAGAUCAUCAGAUCUUACAUACAACACAGUCACCUUAAAUAGGAAGUGAAGAGCACUUUGCUCAGCGUGACGGGAGAAGCAGUAUCAGAUCCGAGCAGCGCCGGGUUUCAGACUGUUGGUGCUGCACCUGAUCAUGGAUCUGCUUUGGAUGAUCCUCCCGGUGUUUCUGGGGUGUGCUGAGGCCGAGAACCCGACUCAGGUCAAGGCGGAGCUGGGUCAAAACGUCACCUUAAACUGCUCUUUGAACAUUUCAAACAUCUUCUGGUUCAUGGAGAUCCACAGCCAGUUCAUAGGAUGCAUCGUCCGCACCUUUAGUACGAAUCCCACUGACAACAAGUAUUUCGUUUACCCUGUGAUGACCAAAUAUAUAGCCAUGGGAAACAGACUGGUGAUCACAAACAUCACAGCAGAGGAUUUCAGGCUUUACUUCUGUUCAAAGACGCCAGACAACAACAAGUUUAAAGACGGCAUCCGCCUCGUCUCAGACGUCCCUAUCCCGCCGUCCACCAACGACUCUAAAGCAAACCACCCAGACAUCUUGUCAGCACCCCUAGUCACAUACGGCUCACUCGCCCUGAACGUCCUCCUCUUAGUAGUAAUAGGGUUCGUUUUUACAUCUCCGUGUUUGAAGAGGAAGGACUGCAGCUCCCAGGUGAAUGAGCCUUCACCUUUCACCUGUGAGAACCCAGAGACGCUGGAGACAGUCCAGCACUCCUGCUGUGUGUACAAGGAGAUCCAGCUCCCCACCUUCAGAGCCCCCCCAGCCAGCUGCCUCUCACCAGAGCUUCCUCGAUCCACGCUGCCUCGACAGCGACACCUGAGACACCUGGACGGUUACUGAACACCUGGACACAUGGACUGUACCUGGACUCUUGUCCACUCAACAGCUUUAUGUAUAUUUGACAUUUAGACUGAUUCGAGAAGUGAGGGGACUUGUGCUCCACUACCUCAGAGCAACAAUCUGUUGGACAUCUGGAUGGAUGAAAAUAUAUUCUGUCCGUUGAAUUAUAAUAAAGAUUUUUAACUUGUUUCCCAAAACAAAGACACCGGCUACCUGAAUAAGAAACAGAGUCGUAACUUGGGAAACAGCUUAAAAGCGUUUAUUAUAAUUCAGUGGACAGAAUCAUUUUUGAUUGAUUUUCUUCAAGAUUUUUAAGACUCUGGAAAGAGAGGCACAAAUUGUGGCUAAUCUUAACAAAGUAGUUUUAGUUGCCUGAACUUGUGCAAACCUUAACCAUCGCGGUGCCUACGACCUAUUUUGUUGUUCUUCGAACUUGUUGAAUUCAUGUGAAUAAAUCAAGACGCAAAUUUGCUUCACAUCCAGAACAAACAUUCUGCAGGUUCACCAAGUUCACCAGCAGCCAAGAGACAAGAUGUAACACCUUUGUUCAAUUCAUUUAAGACUUUUUAUUACCUUCUAAGGACUUUUAAAGACUUUUGAUGACCUGCAGAUCUCAUACAUUAAGACAGGAUAUCAGAGUGCAGACUGGCGGUUUUAAGGUCCAAACUUAAAACUAAAGGUGUUGCUGUCUGCUGUCUGUCAGACUUUAGUUUGAAAGGUAUUGCAGAAGUUCUGGUAUCUGACUUUUAUAGACAACAAACAACAAACCCAGAGGAGACAGGCGUCUUGUGGUCUGAGCAGUGUGUCUGACAUCUGGUCGGCCUCUUGUGGUUUUGAGGGAGGGUUGAAGCGUUCAGAGCUUCACUUCCUGUUUUCUCGUCAUAAAUAUUUAAGAAGUACUCCCACAACUCUAAGUAUCCCUGUCAUGGAUCACCUGAAUAUCUGGGAGGGAGCAGCCUUAACUUCCGGUUGUUGAGCGUCUGAUGAAAUUUGGAAUUUGGCGUUUAGAUUACCAGACGUGACAUGCACCGCGUAUCACCUCGUGAAAUAGGAAGUGAAGAACACUUAUCUCACCAUGAAGGAAGAAAAAGUUUCUGAUAAGAGCCCAUUUUCACCAAACCUUAACCAUCGCGGUGACAACAACCUUUUUUGUUGUUCUUCGAACUUGUUGAAAAAGCAAGAUGAAAAUUUGCUUCACAUCCAGAACAAACAUUACAGGGUUUCUGCAGGUUCACCAAGUUAAAUGUAAGACUUUUUAAGAGCUUUUUAAUACCACAUAGAAUGCAAUGCAAUGCCUGUUUCACAGUCUAACCGGUUAUUAAUAAGUAUGAACUUGAAUUAAUUUAAUCAUUGAUUCAUUUAAUCAUUGAAGUUUUUGUUAAAAUCCUGACUUGUACAUUAUAAGAUGAUGAGCUUACUAGCUGCUGCAGUGAUAGUGUUUGACUGAAACUCCAACAAUCGCUCUGUUAGUUUAGAGGUGUAACGUCUCCUGACAGCCUGCAGUCACAUACAGAAACAUUUUCUAGCUAACGUUACAGCCUACUGCAAGAGACAAGAUGUAACACCUUUGUUCAUUACAUUUAAGACGUUUUAAUACCUUCUAAGGACUUUCUGUAGGAAGCUCAGUACUUUUAAAGACUUUUGAUGACCUGCAGAUCCCACACAUUAAUACCUUUUUUAAGGCUUUUUUUGUUUGGAGGAAACUAAAUUCAAGCUUUUUAAGACCUUUUGAAGGCCUGCAGUUAAGACAAAAAAACUAAAGGCAUUGAUUCUCCUGCUGUCUGUGAAAUUUCAGUUUGAAAGCUGUUGCAGAAAUGUCAAAGGCCCCUGAAAAUGUUGUACAAACAAUGCAUUUUUGCAUUUUAACAUGCUAAAGAGGAGUGCUACAAGUGUUCUACCAGGUUGAGUACAAUAAAUGUUUCACCGAGAUACCAGAGCUCAAAAUGUGCUCUACCAAACAGUUGAGAAGACCAUUAAAAGGUUAAGAAAACGUUUCAGUUACACAUUUAUCCUUGUGCUAAACUUUAAGACGGCCUCAGAUCUGAGUCUACAAUGAGUCACAGUUGCCAUAAAAUAUUUCCUGUAAGUGCUGCUUAGUUGGCAACAUUUUGGACCUCCCAUGUACUCAAGUGUCUAAAGUUGUCCGUGGCCUGACCUUCAACUUCAGCUUUUCAACUGGUAAUGUAACAUUGUGACCACGGCUUGGGCCUGAUUUCACAAAAAUCAUUAAUCGCAAUUAUUAAACUAAACAUCCUUAACUUUCCCAAAUAACAAGCCGAAAUGUAACUAAAUACAGCAGGUGUGGUGUUUAAAGGAUUAACAGGACUUUGUAGGACUCCUCUCAGCUCUUUGCCUUCAUGUUAGCUUUUGAUUACUUUUGAGUUUUACUCCACUGACUGUGUGUACAGUACAAUAAAGUUCUCAUUUUGACUGGUA